CGAAAUUCUCUCCAACAUGGCUAAGGUUUUAGGCAUAAAUUUGAACUUAGGAAAUGAAGUGGCGAAUCUCUUCGAGGAAGGCAUCAAGACCCUGCAACAGGCGCUGUCCAGCCAAAACAGCUUGGUGGAGAGGGAAAAAAUUCUGCAGUCCUACGGCUUCUUCCAGCAAGCCGUCGACAACUACUACCGCAAACUGACGCUCACCUCCGACCUGUUGGACCAAAUUUUGCGAUUAGAAUAUGAGGCGCCCUGUAUGCAAAGCGACUCAGGUCGCGGCUUCAGCCCAACACUGGACGAUUCGGGACAACAGAACCCGCGGAGGAGCAACAGCGACCAAGGAUUUGUUUCCUCUGAGACAACUCGGAACAGUUUCGGACCGGCUGAAGAAUCUCCGAUUUCUGAAGUUUCUUGGUAUUCUCCAAUAACCAAAAUCCCAGUCAGUUACGGAACCCCGGGUGCUUACCCAUGGAGGAAUUCGCACGUCGAAAUCAGGCCGCUGUCCAAGUUUGAGUUCGAGCAACCGGAACCAAAGAAGUUAUCCCGCGACGGAUUUUCCCCUUUUGCCCAGCAGCAGCCCGAGUGGACUCGUGAGGUGAUUCACCCCGGCCACGUGACUCAUCAAUGUCAUGAAUGCAACGCAAAUCAAACAACUGAUGAGUCGCCGACGCGAAAGUCCUUCGGCACGCAGGUCGAGCCGCUCCACAAGGCCCGGUGGAUUGAGACAGCAAAGAAGGUUUUGGCCUCGCCAAAGUUCCAGACCACGAAUGCGACCACCCAGUAUUUCACUCCAGAGGAUAUGCCCGUGUACCAGGAGUCGCCAGUAACUCAGUUCCCAAGUUGGCCUGGAAUACAACUACCAAAUUUCGAGUCACGGUCAUCAAAUUUGCCGUUCACAGUGGCAAAAAAGAAGAAUUGGGGAGGCACAUACUGCGAGUACCUGCCGCACGAAAGGGCGCACGACCGAGAAAUCGCGGAACGAGAGGAGCGGCGGCGAGAGCAGCAGGCGCGGAAGUUGCAGGAAGAAGAGCGGAGGCUGGCAAGGGAGCGGCCGAAGAGGGAGCAGCAGAGGCCCUUGGUACCGCACGCCGACCUCUCGUACCUGAAACGCAUGCCGGGCUACACGCCGUACAGCGGCCAAACCACCAGCCACAUCUUCAACCGCUCGGCCAAGACGAGAGGCACCGGCGAGACCAUUGCCGAGGAGGACGCCAGAUUUUCCCCCAGCGACAAACAAGAACAAAGGGCCUUGGCCAUUUUGGCAAACGGAUGCUGGGAAAAGUGACCUAAGGUUAUGUAAAACCAAAUUU